GUGUGAUGCAGGCGCAGAAACGCCGACGCGACCAGCAAGCGCGCAAGCAGAGUAGCGGCUCUACUCGCAGAUAAAGUACACAGGCAGCAAACGGUCCGCCUCCAGUCUGGCGACUCGAUCGUCCGGCUGGGCCCAAGUCGAGGUCACACGCUGCGAUGGACAAGCGAGAGGGGCGGCCGCUGCCAAGAAGAGGCCCCCGCCCCGCUCGCCACGAGGGGUGCAAGACGGACGGGGAUAUCAGCUCGUUCAGGCCGCUAUCGGCGGACACGGCUCGAGCGCUAAGUGAAGAAAUCGCCGAGCGGCGGUGCCAAAAUGAAAACACGAGCGCAGAAGUCGCUAGGCCAGCUCCGCUGACAGAUAACAAUGAGGGCUUGCGCAAGAACGGGGGUUGCGCCGAGAGACGAGGAAGCGGGCAGCGCGCGCGCAGCGCCUCGAGCGAGGAUUGCGGACCGCGUGAGAAGCAGCUGUCGGCGGGCGGUGCUCCUUUCCCUACUCCGAGAGUGGGUGAACACGACAUUCACGCUGUAUGUGCUACACAUCGCGGACGUCGUGAGAAGGAGGCAACGUAGCCGACAGUUGCACGAUUGGCUGGAAUCGCUGGCUCGCCGAGGAAGGGCCAGGGAAAGCGAGUCGUACUCGUGGAAACCCGUGUGGAUCCGCUGCCGUCGUCUCGUUGAUGCGCGGCGCGGCAUCGUCGGCGCGCAGAUUUCGCAACAACGCGACCACGUGCUCCCAGGAAACAAGCGCGCUCCGAACAGCUGAGCGCCGCGCGCCGGGGAGUGUCGACGUCGAACAAAGACGGCAGGGCGCUACAACGAUCAGAAGGCGGCGUCUGUGCAGAAGACGAAAGUGAGCGCCUCUGCUGCCGAUUUCGCGAGCUGGCGUCCGUGCCUCUGCAAAAGGGUCUGCGAAACACCGUCGCCCGGCCACAGGAAGGGGUUCGUCCACUCUCGUCGCUGGCCCUUCCGCACAGCGAGCAGCACGCGGCUCUGUUUCUCCGCCGCGCGCGAGCUAUUUGUGGCCCACGAAGGUUGCUCUCUCUCCUCCCCGAGUUCCGCUGAAACACUGCCUUGACGAAGCACAACUCGGAAACGUGGACGGGCCGUGGCUCUAGCUCGACGCGGCCGGGAGUGUCUGCAAUUUCGCUUUUCGUAAGGACGAGCAAAAACUGCACGGGGGGAGAAAGGGGUCUCGCAGUUAACUCGCAGUUGCAACACUCGAGCAUGUGACGACGAACCUCGGCAGCACGGCCCAAGUCUUUCACUCGUCGCGCUGGGAGGCAGCACGCUUGGCAACCAAGCUCCCCCUGCAGUGCCGCAAGCAAGGCCAUCGGCCCGAAGAAGCCGUGCAACGAGCGGAACAUUGCUGCAACAAAGAGAAACCCGAAUCGUUCGUUAACCCAACCUGGGCUUCUCCUAGAUCGAAGCUGGCAGUGCCUCAGAAUCCGCCCCCGAUGGUCACGUCGCUCGGAAACAACGCCUGCCAUACGUAAAGCACGGCACAUCUGGUGGCCUCUGGAUCCUCGGCAGUCUAUACUUGUACCGAAGCCACUGCAGAAAGAGGUAGUGGGACACCUUCACGAUACGUUUCAAAAUGACAGACGGAAAGUAGUGUGCAACGGUUUCUACAAGUGCGCCGAGAUAAAGCUAGGUGAGCGCACCUGUAGACAAAAAAGCGCCCAGAAGGCGGCGAAAGGCAGGCGCCGUCUCCUCGGGCUUCUCCCACAGCUCGGGGUGGGCCCGGUGUCCGCGCUGCGAACGAGGCGACCACCUGAGCGGCCGAUGUGUGCUCUCCUGCGGCGGCAUGCACGUGUACUCGCACCACCCGUUUCUGGCGCUGGCCUUCGUGGCGGCGGCAGCCGUGCUGUUCAUCUACCCGUUCGUGCUGCGAUUCAACGUCUACAAGGAGACGCUAGUGGCGAUGGCCGUGUCUGACGUCAUCCCGGUGCGCGAACGCAUCUCCACCGUCUGGUGCUCGGCCCAGGAGCUGGUGAUGAACCACAGCUUCGACGCGCACGUAUUCCGCGACUCGGACGGCACGGUGACGGCGCCGGCGGGCAGGACGCUGGAGCUUUCGCUCACCAUGACGGUGCCGAAGCAGACGUACGAGUACUGGGGCUUCUACUUCGUGGCCGGCUCCAACUUCACGGUGUCCGUGUGCUCGCGCCUCUCCGGCGCCGCGUUCUCCCUCAUCCGGGGCGCCGCAGCGCUGGGAAAGUGCCUCACGGCCCUCGAGACUAAGCGGCGCGGCCUGGACGAGUCGGACGAGAAGACGGACUCGGACGAGCCUGGCGAGGACGAGUCGUCGCCGGAGUCGGACGACCAGUCGUCCACCAUCUCAAGCAGCGAGGGCCUGAUGCUCAACGAGACGCUGGGCAUCAGCGUCUGCAACAACGCGCUGUUCCACGUGCCCCUGCGCUGGACGUACAGCUGCGGCACAGCCAACGACCGCCGCGACCACCGGCACAACAUCAGCUAUGCCGUGCCGGCGUCCGACUUCUACUACGUGUUCUUCGCCAGCAACCCGCCGCUGUACGUCGCGUCCAACACGAUCGUCGCCGACUUCUACCUCGACAGGAUGGCGUACGACGUGUCCAGGAGCUACAGUCCGGAUACGCACUCGUGCGUGAACACGACCAACUGCUCGGUGCCUCUGGACUUUCUCUCCGGCGAGUACGUGGUGGUGGACAUGCAAGGCGAGCCCAGGGGAUCCACGCACCUCAACUGGACCUCUGACGUGCUCACGUCGCGCUGCCUGCCGCGCAAGGGCGUCUACUUUGUCUUCUACUUCGUCUUCGGACUCCUCGUCAUGAUGGCCGCCUUUCAGGGCUGAUGGCGGUCGGCAACGGAUUGUGAGCGUGUGCAUUCGUGACGAAGCACGCCAGCUGCCGCGUGUUACGGUGACUCGCGACAUUUGCGCUCUUGCAGCUAUGCGAGGUUAAACGGCCUUGUCACACAGUAGCGGCCUUGCCUCGCAGUAGCAAAUAAAGCUAGCCCGUAUGACGCGAUAUAAUGAUCCGCACAAUUGUAGAAAAUUGCUGCAGUACAGAGCGUAGCUCCUUUUAAUCAGAGAGCUGUCGUGAUUGCACCUCCACCUCACGGACGCCCUGAAAAAAGAAAUGGUCGCUUUACUUCACCUUUGUCCCACGGUGCUGCCUGCGCGAUGUUUUUAUGAUCAUGUGGGCUGUCUCUCUCGGUCUCCUUCAUUUUUUUUUUUUUUUUAAGCACGAUGUCUCAGGCACGUCAGCCAAACUUAGGCGUUUGCCAGCGGAGACUUCGCAAAAGGGCGGAGCUUUGCCUGAAGCGACUUCGCUCGUGACGUGGCAUGCAUGAGCUCAGCGCUGUAAUGACCAACAUUCAAUGCUGAAUGAAUCGGGCGCUUAGUGAACCGACCACGUGUCGUCGCACACGAGACAAUACGAAAGAAUCUCGCAAGGUGCACUUUCAGAGAGCAUGCGCAAGAUGCUGGCAAACACUGAUAAAAGCCUUCGCUUCGAGACACCGUGGUUCGAAGAUAGUGGAUCCCUAUCGCAAGGACGUCAGUCGCCAGGCAUGUCCUGCAUGCAACUGAUGGGUCCUUCCAUCAUCCGUGCCAGCGGACACUUCUGUGCAAUACCAAUUCUGUGCAGUGCCGAUUGAAAUCUCAUGCGCACUGCUGGCCAAUGGUCUCCCUGUGUCAACUGCCCUCAGCUUCGUCAUAUGGGCGGUCGCGGGCAGUGAAGCACGUGCCACCAAGACUUGACUGCGCAAGUCGUUUGAGAGCCAUCUCUGCGUUUCGCCAACUUUCAUGCCAAAGCAGCCAGCACAAAUCGCAUGCUGCAGGCCAAGUGUGGUGUGUGCACUAUAUCGGGCAUGAACGUGCGCUGUGCAUGCACGCACGCAGUCCGCGUGAAUGCGGGUGACCUUUGCAAAGCGACUGCACUGAUGACGUAGCCCUGCCACUUUAGAUGCAGAAUUACAGGCACGUGCACAUAUCUCCAGCACUUCAAGGUACAAAACCUGAACGCCCUCUUUCUCCGACGCCGUCCCUCUGCAUGUGUUCGAUGCCUCCGUCGGAAGAAAGCACGUAUGCCGAAAUGUUAUUUUUUUCUUCCUUUCUUUUUUUUUCACACUGCGGCAUUACGCUUACUCGUGAGUGCGAUAUAAGACAUACUUUCGAUAAGAUAAUGUCAGUUGCGCACACAUUCACAAGGGCUGCACAGGUCUGCGACUGAGUUGCGCAACUAUUUUCAGAUCGGAAGGAAAAAUUCGUUACGUAAUGUGCGUCAAAUCAAAGACUCUCCACGUAGUUUGCGCAGUGAGUCGUGGCAACGUGAAAGGAGCAACAGGAGAAUGCACCAACGGUGUUUAACUGCAAGGGCAAUUUGGUAUCGUGGAACUGUCGCGCGUCGGCGAAGCCCAUAUAGAUAAAAAUAAAUAACAGUUGGCGUUUACGGCUGAGGAGUCCCGUAGCCCGUUUAAAUAAAAGCGUCGGGAUCUCACUUGCAAUUCCCGCCUUGAUAUUUACCAAGGCUGAAUUGAAGCUGUGCCCUUAUUAUACCCAUACCGCUGUCAAGAAAAGAUGCAGCCACAAGUCUUCGCUCCCACGCACGCGAGCUUACGCUAACUCUGUGGAACACCAGUGAAUUCACAAACACACGUCUUCACAGAUUGGAUCCAAGUUUGCAACUCCGUCUUCCAACAGGGUUGCCACGAGCGGAAGCAACACUUCUGUGCCGCCUAUGGCUCGGCGUGGUAUUCACGAACUCUUAUUCCUUCCGCAUUGGAAUGGCCAACAGCCCUGCUUGCGACACCUGCGGCUGCGAAGAGACGUUCGCGCACCUCCUCUGUGACUGUCCACGUUACAAUGGGCCAAGAAAAGUGCUCGUGACCGCGCUCGAAAAACUGGACAAUCGCCCCUUCACAGAAGAGAAAGUUCUAGGACACUGAUCCAGACGGGUUUCGGCACUCAAGGCCUUAAGGGCUUUGCUCAAGUUCUUGAGGACAUGUGAAUUGUGCGACCGCCUUUGACUAUUGUUGCGCGUGACAUCGCGUUACUGUGUGCAUCUUUCUGGUUUUUUUCUCGCUCUCUUCCUUCUCCUUUUGUUCCCUUUCCCCAGCACAGGGUAGCCAGCCGGUAUUUACACUGGCUAACCUCCCUGUCUUUCCUUCCCUUUUGUCUCUCUGAAUUGAAGUUGUCGAUGAAGCUCAAGGAAUAUGUCACUCAACAUCUCGACCAGCAAUGACAUCUGCGUAUGCCUAUAUCGUAAAUCUAAGUAAGCGGGUGUUUUCGCAUCUCGCCCACCAUCGAAAUGCGGCUGCCGUGGCAGGGAUUCGAUGCCGCGACCUCGUUCUUAGCAGCCCAACGCCACUGCCACUAAGCAACCACGGCGCGGGUCAUCUAAGGCUGGUGUAUAUAGAAUAAAAGUCAUCGCUUGCUAAAACAAUGAGGGGGUAAUGUCUGGGAUGCGAGGGCAGUCGAGAGUUCUUUUGCCGACCAUGUCGACUUUCACACUAAAGAUUAAAUUCCGCGGUUAAGAAACGCCUUAGAAAUGCCCACAUGCUACAGAUUAGUGUAGGCGAAUAUUAGUCACCGCGAUGGGUGUCGUUAUGGCGUCUUAAAAUGUCUAGAUGGCGCUGCAUACAUAGCCCGCGUUCUGCAGUGCCGCAUCUACUGCUCGAAAACAUUACGCCUGCGACCUUCGCUCAUUUUGUUUGACCAGACAACUGGCUGCGCCAGGUGACUGAUUAAAGUGGGACCAAGCGGCAUUCAUCAAGAAUACAUUUCAUGAAGAAAAGCGGUACACCUCGUUGGUAGUCCCUCGCACAGCACAUUGAUUCUGGUGUAAUGUUUUCUCACGGCGUCUAUGUAAAAAAAAAUGUUUAUAAUGUACAGUGUACAUGGCUAUGAAAGAAUAAAAAGAUACUUAGGAGUA